CGCGAGACACUGUUCUUCAUCACCACCAUCACCAGCGAGCUGAGAAGCGCGCGACACCGUAAUCAGGCUCUAAAGAUCACACGAAGCUGCAGUGAGGGGUCUCCGGUAAGAUUGAGAUGAAACGUUUCCUGCUGCUGAGGAGUGUUUAAGAGAUCAGGAGCCUCAUAAAAGCUAAAGGAACUGAAUAUUUUUGUAGAAAAGCGCGCGUUCGUUAGAGGAAUGGAGGCUGCUGGGUAGCUUCCCUGCGCUUCCGGUUAUUAAUCACCUGUCCCGUGCGUGUGACCAUGAGACGGAUCGGGGUCGUGUGCGCGCUGCUGCUGCUGCUGCUUAGUGCGCGUGUGUCGCGGAGCUGUGCGCAAGACGUUGUACCUGGUUCAGGGUUUGACUGCUGUGAAAGCGACGUCCUGAUCCUGCUCGACUCAUCUGGAAGCGUCUCUUUUUACGAGUUCUCCCGCAUGCUCCACUUUCUGUCUGACUUGCUCCACCCCUUCAAGAUUGGGCGUGGUCACGUCAGGGUGGCGCUGGUGCAGGUAGACACUGAGCCGCGGGUAGAGUUUAACUUCGAUGCCCACAGCAGCCAGGAGACUCUACAGGAGGUGCUCCUGAGAACACCACAGCUUCGCGGGGACACCGAGACAGAAACGGCGCUGCUAUUGGCCCAGAGGUUACUGCAGCAAACGGCAGGACAGGAAGUUCCGCCCAGAGUGCUCCUCUGGCUGACAGAUGGGGUGGAGCUGGGGAACGUGGAGGGCCCGAUCGCAGCGCUCCGUGAGGAUGGCGUGUCUGUGCUGGCAGUUUCUAUUGGACACUCAAAUUACCAGGUGUUUAGCAGAGUUGUGACUCCACCCAUCGAGCAACACCUGUACUUUAUAGACCCCGAUUCUAUGGAUAUAAUCGCCAAAGACCUGACAGAAGCCAUUAUAGAGCUGAUCUGCACCAAGUGUCUGAACGUUCGUGACGUGACUUCCCAUAGUGCCGUGCUGCACUGGCGGCCCGUUUUGAUCGGAGGACUCAGAUGGUACGAACUGAAGUACGGAGAGGCGGAGCAGAGCAUCGACACGCACCAAAUACUUACAUUGUCACCUGAGGACACCAGGACUGAUCUCACACACCUGCAGCCUGACACACACUAUAAUGUGAUGCUCACUGCACACACACUACACACAACACACACACCACACGGCAUAAUGCACAGCACCAGCUUCACCACCCUGCCAGAUGUAUUGGGUCCUACCACUGUGAUGGUCUCAGAAUCUGGUUCAGACCGGCUGCGUGUGAGCUGGUCCCCGGUUCGGUCGGGACAGGUGGAGAGGUACCAGGUGGAGUUUGGGCCUAUUCCACGUGGGGAUGUACGCUCUGUAACCUCAUCACAGACCAGCGUCCUGCUCACACAGCUCCAACCCGACACACAUUACCUCAUCACCAUUAGUGCCCUGUACUCCUCUGGCCAGCAGGGGGCCAUUUCCAUUAAAGCCUGCACUCAGGAGGUUCUCUCAGCAGUACACAACCUCCGACUGACACCCAUGGGCUUCAACUCUGUCAAAGUGGACUGGAAGACCCAGGAGCAAGGGGCAGGGCUUCAGGGAUACUGGGUGAAGUGGGAGACAGCUGAACACUCUACAUCUUCAUCCUCUUCAUCCUCAUCACGUUACCUGCCUGCUCAUUCACUGUCUAUUGUACUGACUCACCUGAACCCAACGACCCGAGUGUGUGUGUCUCCGGUGUACAGGACGGCACGUGGAGAGGGGCAGUGCUGCACUACACACACACACACAGCUGCUUUGUGAAAAGAGAGGUUUCCAGACUCCAGAGGAAGGAGCGUGACCAGCUUUUGGUGUGCGAUGGAGGAGGGAAAAAAACAGUCACUUUGGUUCCUGUUAGCGAAAUGGCUAAAAAUCUGGCUUUCUUGUUGCUCAGCAUAAAAGAUGAAGAGUUGAAAACUGAAAUUCACCUCAUAAAUACUGUCCAUUAUCUCUAUUCGUGAAAUAGCCUGCAUUAACCCUAACAUUUCAAAUUUGAUUCACAGACCUUAGAAAUCCUGUCAGGAUAGCUUAUGCUAGCUAGCUGCCUAAUGCCAGUGAUGAAGGUUUUAUUCAAUUCUUUUUACAUUACUCAUAAAUCUGAAGAGGUUUACUAUAUUUGCCACCUAAAUCAAUAACCUUGAAAGUCUUAAAAUCCUCAGAGAUAUCCUACUGGAUUAGCAUGUAUUAGCCAGGCUGCUAGCACUAACAUUACAGACAAUGGAGUAACAAGUUUAAUCAUACAAUAAUAUAAAAUAUAAAACAGAAUUUUACAUUGCAUCAAGUGCUCAAGUGUCUUCUCCAGUGUUCUUAAAAACAAAUAACCCAAAUUAAACUGGUGUCCAGUCUGGUGUCCAGUCUGCUCCUGAGCUGGUGUCACAGCAAAGGAGAAGAAAAAUCAUUACUUCAUCUUCACACGUAAUGCUGUGACCUGAAUAAAGUCUUCUGGAUUAAAUGAGGUGAUCGAUGAGGAUCAGAGGUGUAAGGGGUUAAAGGUGAAGGAGCAAAAAAAAGAUCUCAUCUCUACAUCUCAUUGUGAGGAGCUCUGUGGGGUUUAGAUACAUCCAUUCAGUUCCUGCCUUCAUGCACAGCUUCUCUCUCUCUCACACUCACACACACAGUGCCACCCAGUGCUGUCUACACACAGUUACACAAAACAAUACUGUGAUGGAAGAAAGAAAUUAUUUUGUCAUUUAUCUCCAAUAACAAAGAGGUCCAAAAUUCCAACAAGUUAUUUGUUUGUUUUAAAUAAUGCUUAAGGGCUGAUUUAUUACACUGAGAUGCAGGUAUGAAUGAUACAGAACACAUUUACUAAUGGAGAUGUCACGUGCCGAUCUGAUAGCAGUUUAAUGUUUCACUACAGUUUAUUUAAAGACACAUCUGUGAAAUAAACAUCUGGUUGGAUAAAAGA